UCGCUCAGACUCCAAGCCGACAGGUAUUUUCCAACCGCGAAAGACAUUCCUUGGGGCCUGACUCGGUCGCUUUCGCUUUCGCUCCACCGGGCCCAAACUUCCAUGGCAAGCCAGGCUAGCACACACCGGCCGGGUGGCAUGGAGAGCCCAGAGGAUGCCAGCUCCCAGUUCCCACUCGACGCGCGAUUAACCGUUCAUUGUCCUGCUUUUGGUUCUGACAGGGGUGAUCUUCGUUCUAGUACCCGACGACGGCGGGUUGAUCAUGCUGCACGGAAGGUGCCGAAGCCAAUGCGGACCUCCUGGACUUAGGGUAAACCUCUGGCCGGCUCGGCGCCGGUGAUGCAACUGGUUUCUUUUACCUGCAAAGCCCGACGACAUUUAAGGAUGGCCUCCACCAGCUUGGCUCUCCCCCAACAUCAUCGCUUAGACUCACCAUCACUCAAAGACGACAAUGCCUGCCCCUGACGUUUACUUUAACAUCUCCGUUGAUGGCCAGCCCUCUGGCCGCCUCAUCUUCCGCCUGUUCGACGAUAUAUGUCCCAAGACCGCACAGAACUUUCGUGAGCUCGCGACUGGUCAGCGCGGCUUCGGCUAUGCGGGGUCUGAAAUACACCGCGUCGUUGCGGAUUUUAUGAUCCAAGGCGGCGAUAUCACCAGGCGCGAUGGAUCGGGAGGGAAGUCAAUAUACGGCGAGUUCUUCGAAGACGAAAACUUCCGGCUCUUGCAUAACCGGCCUGGACUACUCUCUAUGGCGAACCGGGGCCCGAACACCAACUCGUCGCAGUUCUUCAUCAUCACGGUCCCUGCUCCACAUCUCGACCGCAAGAAUGUCGUCUUCGGUGAAGUCACUGAAGGAAUGGAUCUCGUUCGACGGAUCCAAACCUAUACGAGCAACGACAUUCUCCGCAAGCCCUCUGUCCCUAUAAUUAUCACCCAGAGCGGCAUUCUCCCUGCAUCAUGACACGACACGCUGGAGCUUCCUGGACAGAAGCUUCCACCAGCGGUGCUGGUUAGCGUGUGGGCCUUAGAUUGGCUGGACUAUAUUUUACAGUAGUAUUAUCGGCGUAUUGGGCUUCCCUGUGCGUGUGUCAAGGAGAUUGUUACCAGGCAUGUAGCGACCUCCCUGGAUUCCUGCAGGAAGCUGUCAGAGUACUGAUGUAUUUACUGCUCGAUU